AAAAAAAAAAAAAGAAAGAAAGAAAGAUCGUGUCGCAUUCAGAUCGCAGUGUCUAAUCUGAACUGAACUGUAUGACGUGAAAGAGUCUCUUUCGUUUGAUCUUUGUUUUACGAUUCCCUCUCUGUAUCAAACUCAGACUCCGACUCGGUCCAAAUCGUCAAACUCUCAAAAAAUCUGAGCAUCUGUUACAAGAUUAGAUCUCUUUAAUUAGACAAUGUCCAAACUCUCAAUUAUCGUUUAUAUUACUUUGGCUGCUCUUUUCCUCUUCCUAAUCUCUUACUCCCCUUCCAAACCUUCCAACCACCGUCACCGCCGUCUUAAGCUCCGUUCCACUUUUAACUUCUCCGACUUUAAUAAGCCUCUCCACCAUGAGCCUGUUCCCUUUGACCCUCUCAUCGCCGACAUUGAGCGCCACCGCGAGGAUAAGCAAUGGGAGAAGCACUACUUCGAUCACGCCCAUCCUGAAAUCCUUUCGCAUACUGAACACCAUCAACCCGCUCCUGGCCACGAGUCCCAGCCUGAGUGGGACGAUUUCAUCAAUGCAGAGGAUUACUUGAAUGACGAAGAGAAAUUCAAUGUCACUAGCAGGUUGUUGUUGCUUUUUCCGAAGAUUGAUGUUGACCCAAUCGAUGGUUAUGUGAGCGAGCACGAAUUGACUGAAUGGAACUUGAACCAGGCUGAGAGGGAAGUGUUGCAUCGGACUCAAAGGGAGAUGGAUGUUCAUGAUAAAAAUCAUGAUGGGUUCGUUUCAUUUGCUGAGUAUGAGCCCCCUACUUGGGUUCACAGUGCAGCCGAAAAAGAUUCUUUUGGCUAUGAUAUGGGUUGGUGGAGAGAAGAACAUUUUAAUGCAUCAGAUGCAGAUGGAGACGGUCUUUUGAAUAUAACAGAGUUCAAUGACUUUCUGCAUCCGGCUGAUAGCAAAAACCCAAAGCUGCUCCAAUGGUUGUGCAAGGAGGAAGUAAGGGAACGGGAUUCAGACAAAGAUGGGAAGGUUAAUUUUAAAGAAUUCUUUCAUGGGCUCUUUGACUUGGUGAGAAACUAUGAAGAAGAAAAUCAGAAUUCUUCACAUCUUUCUGAUGAUUCAAUGGAGGCCCCAGCAAAGGUGUUGUUUGCUCAGCUAGAUAAAGAUGGUGAUGGAUAUUUGUCAGACACUGAAUUACUACCUAUUAUUGGGAAGCUCCAUCCAUCAGAGCGUUACUAUGCAAAACAACAAGCUGAUUACAUUAUAUCACAGGCUGAUACAGAUAAAGAUGGGCGCCUAUCAUUGACAGAGAUGAUUGAGAAUCCAUACGUAUUUUACAGUGCUAUUUUCAAUGACGAAGAAGAUGAAGAUUAUGAUUUCCAUGAUGAAUUCAGAUAAUUUCAACUGUAGGUUGCUAAGAGAAGGAAAACAGGGUUAGAUUUCUUUUUCUUUAUUAGCUGGAAUUUGUGCACUAUAAAAUUAGUAGUAUAAAGAGGCUGUAAAUUUGAUCUCCAAACAGUCGCUAAAUCUGGUGACCUAUUGUGCUGCUGCUGCUGCAAUGCGAUGUGCAUAAUUAGCCGAGGACUGUAAGGCUCAUCAUGCGUUGUCUCUCAUUUUUGAAGAUUAUGGUGCUCUUAUGCCAAUCUGUACUGCAAAUAUUCCAUUGGCCAGCGGGUAGUUCGAAUUUCCACUUUGUGGCGAAAAACGUUUAGUAAUUUAAAGUUGGAUGUCUAAUUUUUGGAGUUUAGGUGCAUAAAAGUUUUAAAUUUUUUUGUGGGUGAUACCAAAGAGUACUUACUGUCUCUUGUUUCAAUUUUUUGCCUAUAUAUGUAGAAUUCAUAAAACAUCACCUCAAUUGUUAGAAUGAAGUGUGAUUUGCAUUACUGAUGGAAAAGGUUUGUAAUUUCUAUAUCUAUAUAUUGAGAAUAAGAUAUCUUAAGAUAGAAUUUGUAA